CUUCAACCACUUGGAUUAUUUUUGUUUACAUCCGCUUCUGAAUUAUUUCACAUGCACGAUUCAGGAAACAACAAGUUUGAAUCAUUAAAACAGUAAAAAGAUUGAACAGAAGAUGACACCAUAGUAACAGACAUAAUGGGAUAGUAAAAUAUAAAUAAUAAAAGAUCACCAUGGCAACCAUCCCUGGAUCUGCUGGAUUGCCGUUGCUAGGCGACAGAUCAUAUGACUUCUAUAAAGACCCAGUGAAGUUUAUGGAGAAAAACAUCAGUUACUACAAGAACAGAAAUUUUAUUGGAAGAUUUCUGAAUAAAUCAACAGUGUUUGUUGGAUGCAACAAAACUUUGAAAUGUUUACUGACAGAAGAGGCAGAUAAACUUGAUCUGGGAUAUAAAAUGUUCAUGGGAGACAUCUAUGGUGACAACAUUUUAUUUACUGAUGGUUUGGACAUGGUAUCCUUACGAGAGUCUUUAAUCCUACUGUUUACCCCUGAAGCUGUUUCUACUUAUCAAGAGACAAUCAAACAUGUGGUGACAAACUUUAUACACAAAAUAGAUACGGAGAAUCCAGUAUGUUUGUAUCAAACAUUAAAGAGGAUGUGUAUAGAAGUGUGUCUUAGUUUGUUCCUUGGUAUUGACUUUGAUACAAUGACAGAAUUAACAGAAACUAUUGUCUCCUUGACAACCACUCAUUGGCAUGGUAUAAUAUCAGUUCCAGUGAAUCUAAAACUUCCUAUUGGUGGAGCCUCUACUUUUAGUAAAGCUUUAGAUGCAAAGGCAAAACUGCUUGAUAUAAUCCAAAACAAAAAAACAAGCACUAGUCGUCAUUUUGCAAAGAAGAUACAGGAAGUACCCAAGGGAGAUAAUGGAAUAUUUGUGAACAAUCAUCUGCUUCUGUUUACCUCUGCCCUUGUACCAAAAGCAUUAUCUUCAUUACUCACAUCAUUCAUAAUAGAAGUUGCCAAGCAAAAGGACCUACAAGAAAGCAUUCUUACAGACAGAGGUUUAAGAGAGAUAUAUAUGUUAGAAGUCCAGAGAAUGUACCCUCCAUUCUUUGGUGGUAGGAGAGUUAUAAAUAAGGAUGUUGAGGUUAAUAAACAGAAGUUUGUGAAGGGUAAUGCCAUUGUAUUUUCUACAUAUGCCACACACAGAGAUCCUGAGGUAUUUGAUGAUCCUCACCAGUUUCAACCACAACGAUGGACAGAAAAAAAUAUGAAUGACAAAGACAAAUUAUUUUGCUUUGGUGCAGGACCUAGAUGUUGUGUAGGACAGAAGUUAGUUUGGUGUAUAAUUGAUACCAUUAUUGAUGAAAUGUUGACCAAAUUCAAAGUAUCAUUAAUUGAUGAACAAGAUCUCACUCAUAAAUGGUUACCAGUUUCCAGACCUAAAAAUGAAGUACUGGUACAGUUUACUGAAAAGGAUACCAGUCAGUAGCAUUGACAAAGUAUCCUAUGAAAUUACAGCAAUAUUUUUGAAAACAAUAACUGUAUGAAGUAUGUUUGAGGAACAAAAUGGGACUUUAGUUGACAUGUCUUUCAUAAUCAGGGAUGCAUUGUAUAUAUGCAUUUUUUGUUAAUUUCCAUACAUGUAAGUUUGAGGUACGUUUUGUGAUAUUCAAAAACAGUGAUUUGUCAUUAGGUUGAUAACUUUGGUUUGCGGAUGAUACUAGAAUUGAAAGAAAAUGCAAAAUAGGAAUACUUCACAAAAUUUUUGGAAGAAAAUAAAUUGUGAGAAUGCAACGAGAAGAAAUAUCAUAGUAACAAACUGACUGAUUUUGAAUUUAAUUAAAAAAAAAAAAAGUAUAUUAAAUAUUUUUUUAAGUCCUAAAUCAAGUAUUGAUUGUUUUUAAACGUAAACAUAAAUAUAUAGGAGAAAUUAGUAAUGAAUUAUACCUUUUUAUCUAUAUCUAUAUGAAAUAAGCAUUUGUAAUAAGAAAGAGAAUUUAUUGAACUUCAUAUAAAUGUGUCUCAAACUUACACUUUGCACAUACAUUAGAUUUGUUUUUUAUAGUUAUUAUAUAUCAUAACUUAUACGCUACUUAACAAAAAAUUGUACAUUAUACAAGACUAUGAACAAAGAUCUAUUAAUGUAGCAAUUUUUAAUUUUGAUAUAUAUAUUUUUUUGAUAAACACUUUUUAUUUGCCUGCUCUAGUUGAGGGGUCAACUGUUUUAACUUUCUCUGGCUGUGUGUCCAUCCAUCUUUAUGUCCUUUCAUCCCAUUGAAUUCUAUAAUGCUAUAUAUGUAAUUUUUAUUACAAUUUUCAAGGAAAUUGCAGUUAAAAGAUUUCUUCAGAAAUGUAUUACAAGCUUCAAGUGAAUAUGUAUUGUGUAUAGAGUUUUCUGAUUCAAAGUUUAUCAACUUCAGACUAUUUUCUGAUUUCUUAUAACAGGGGUAUUAUUUGAUUUUAAUACUUGUUUACAAUCAGUUUUAACUAGACUGUCAAAUGAAAUGCUAUUUAUACCCCUGCUUUAAAAAAGGGGGGGUAUACUGUUUUACCUCUGUCUGUCAGUCCGUCCGUCCGUCAGUCCGUCCGUCAGUCAGUCCGUCCCACAAAACUUUCGUCACAUUUUUCUCAGGAACUACACAUCCACCCUUUCUGUAAUUUGGUAUCAACAUUUAUAUAUGUCAGCCAUACUGUGUGAUGCGUUUUCAGAUUCAUCACUUGACAACUUCCUGUUUACCGAACACUUGUAUGAUUUUACACAUGAUAGCCAAGUUGAAAAUUUUCGUCACAUUUUUCUCAGGAACUACAAUACAAGGAUUUCUGAAAUUUGGUUUCAGGAUUUAUAUAAGUCAGCUUUACCAUGUGAUGCGUUUUCAGAUUCAUCACUCGACAACUUCCUGUUUACCGAACACUUGUAUGAUUUUACACAUGAUAGCCAGUUGAAAAUUUUCGUCACAUUUUUCUCAGGAACUACAAUACAAGGAUUUCUGAAAUUUGGUUUCAGGAUUUAUAUAAGUCACCUAUACCGUGUGAUGCGUUUUCAGAUUCAUCACUCUACAACUUCCUGUUUACCGAACACUUGCAUAUUUUCACACUAUUAAUAUUAUCCACUUGCGGCGGGGGUAUCAUCAGUGAGCAGUAGCUUGUAGUUUCACUUGUUAAUUCAUAAUUGUCAAUUUUCAAUGAAUAACCAUUAUGUUCCGAAUUAUGAUUGUUGAAAAGGACAAACAAAAGACAACCAUUUACUCCAAAAAUACAUUUAAACACCAUCAGGAUCAUAAAAAUUUCUUAAACCACAAUAAAUUUAUCGUUGUAACAAUAUUUGUUAAACCAAAACAGCUGUUGCUCUGGUGCCCACUACAUAAUUAAUAUUGAGUUUGCUGCGAAAUUAGCCGCUGUUAGAAUAAUUUAUUCAUUAGAAAUUGCUCAAAAUACUUCUACAAUCAUCCAAAUCAAAAUGACAUGUAAAUAAAAGGUUGAUCUAGUCCUUAUAAGUAUAAAAAUUUCUUUAAUGUGAUAUGUAUACAUGCUAUAUACUGUAAAUUCCGAAAUUAUUGCGAGGUUUUUUGUAAACGCAAUAAUUAAAACUGGCAUUUUGAAAUGUUUUAUAUGAAUUAAACAGGAUUUUUCUCAAAAUCGUAAAAUUCAAAAUUGCAUAUAAGUCCAAAAUGAUGAAAUCCCAAUAAUAAAUGCAUUAAUUAAUUUCUGAAUUUACAGUAUGGGACACAUAACUUAAUUUUUGCUUCAAGUUUAGCUAGUCAGGAUUCAUUCACUUUUAUGGUCACAUUAAAGAAUCAGGUAGGCAUGUUUAGCUGAUUCACAAUAUAUAUUUGACACAUUCCCCAUUUCCUUUCUCAAUUUUAUUAAAUUUGUGAUUUUUAUUGCUAUUAAUUAUGUACAUUUGUGAACUCACAUUUAGUCUCUCUUUAUUUACAUUUCAAACAGCUGCUGGUCAGUAUGUGUUUCAGACAUGAUUGGACAUUUGAAAAAAUCAAAGUGCUUUGAAGCAAUUAUGGGUAACAUUUUGCAUGAAAAAAGUAAUUAGAAAUAUAGAUUUUCAAAUAUUUUGAAAAAAAUCAAAGUAUUUACAGUUUUAAUCAAAAAUUGUUUGAAGUUGAACAUUACACAGAAAAUAUUAGACCAAUUUAUCAGACUUAACAUGCUUAAGAAUCAGAAAUGGAAAACAGCAUUACAUGUAUGUUAUAAAGUUUUAAAGAUUUUUUUUAAUUUGAAGAAUAUUUAUUUUAUUUAGACUUACUACCUUAUAGAGAUUAAAUAACAUUAUGCAGAUUUAUAACUGGAAAUCACUGGUUUAUUUUACCUAUAGAAACUAGUAGAUGAAUUGUUCAAUUGUUAAAAUAUGUAUAGAUAGAAUAGUUUUUAUUCAGUGUAACAUGUGUUUAUUCAGUGUUACAUCUGAUGAUUAAAUGUAACAUGUUUAUUCAGUGUAACAUGUGUUUAUUCAGUGUAACAUGUGUUUAUUCAGUGUAACAUGUGUUUAUUCAGUGUAACAUGUGUUUAUUCAGUGUAACAUAUGUUUAUUCAGUGAAACAUGUUUAUUCAGUGUAACAUGUGUUUAUUCGGUGUUACAUCUGAUGAUUAAAUGUAACAUGUUUAUUCAGUGUAACAUAUGUUUAUUCAAUGUAACAUGUUUAUUCAGUGUAACAUGUCUUUAUUCAGUGUAAUGUAUGUUUAUUAAAUGUAACAUAUGUUUAUUCAGUGUAACAUAUGUAUGUUUAUUAAAAAUGUAACAUGUCAGUUUAGUUUUAUAUCUACAAGGUUUGUUAUUCAAUUAUAAGUGUUUAUAUUUACUGCUUUUUACGUAUACUAAAAUGUUUUAAAAUAGAUAAUUGUACUGCUGGCAUUUAUGAGUGAAAAAGAGGAACAAAAAAUAUAUAUUAAGUUGGUUAAAAUAGAACCUUUUUGGGGGGAUCAAUGUUGUUUUUUUCAAGCUAUUCAAUACAGUAUAGAGGCAUUCUGUUUUUGUUGUCAAAAAUUUGUUUAAAGGUAUUUAAUUUUCUGUUAAUAAGUUAAGUUUAUUCAAAGGUAUCUGUUUGUUAUGAGUCAUAUCAUUGUGAUCUUUUUAUUAUCAAAUUGUUAUAGGACAUGUCUUUUUCUGAUUUUAUUGGUAUUGCACAAAUGGCAAAAACACUACUUAUGUAUAUUGAUUUAAGGUCUAAGGUCACAUAUAACAUAUCUAGAGGAAAUCAUAUCAAUAGAAAAUUGAUCUCUAUACUCAAAGUCAUUUUUUUAGACAUUCAUUUCAUGCUAGAUAAAUGUUGUCAAUUGUUUUUUUAUACAUAUUUGCACAAUAAAUAUAUAAUGAUA